CUCCCCAGAAGUCAUUUUGAAUGAUCAAAUCAUGUGUAUGUGACACAAUCCUGGAAUCCACUGAACUUCCUGUUACUUCACAAAGUUCCGAAGCUAUUUUAAUGGCACUCUUAAGAAGCAGGAAAAGAGCGAAGGACUGGAGACGGAGCUGGAUUCAAAAUGAGCUUAGCGUACAUAAACCUGCUCCUGGCAGUUACAGGACUUUUGCAAGUGGUUAUUGCAGGUAAACCCCAGAAGGUUAAGAUUUCCGGUCCUGAGGAGGUGGUAGCUGGAGUGGAUGCCCUGUACGAGUGCUCUGCCCUCUGCACGGGACUCUGUCAUUACUCCUGGCUCUCGGAAGGCCGAACUGUUGAUGGACGCACGUUUACUCUGACUGCUGACGGCGUGAACACAGUCGUGUCGCUGGCGUGCACAGUGUCCGAUGAAGAGCGAAAGAACUUUGAGAGCAAGGUCAUAUCAGUGACAGUGAUAAAUCCCAUUUCCGUGAGGCCGUCAAAAGAUCAGCCGGUGCUUAACCGGGAGCCGAAAGUGGGCCGCUCGUUCAAGCUCACGUGUGAUGGCGCCACUCCACCAGUCACUAUAAUCUGGCUUAAGGGUUUUGAACUUAUUACUUUAAACUCCAGGAUGAGUCUGUCACCCGACAACACCACGCUGUCCUUUAGCAGUCUGGAGGCUAAGGACAGUGGUGAGUACAGGUGCAAAGUCCUUAAUGGAAGUGCCGCUGUCAUAAGCAAGGACUACUGGAUUUAUUUUGGCUUUGUUCAAGUGGGCCUGACUGGGCCGAGAAGUGCUGAAGUGGGCUUUGAGACUGAGUACACAUGCAGUGCAGAGUGUGGGGUGGACUGCACUGUACAGUGGGCGCUGCGUACCGGCUUUCCGAAGGGUAGAUUCAUCGCAGAUGGACCAAAGAUCCGCUGGACUCCGUCUGAACUCGGACAGACCCAGAUCUUCACCUGCCUUGCUCUUAACCCAGUAGCGGGCAAGCUUGGAGAGGUGUCUGUACCUGUGACUGUUAUAGAGGCGCGGCCACGCCCCAGACCCAGCAAUGCCAUCUCAGCCAGGCCCAGUGUUGCCAUGGUGAUCGGUGCCACUCUACUGAUGCUGGUUUGUGCUUUGGCCUGAGGGGGGAGCUCCAGAGCCAGGCACAUAUAAAUGUGUGUCAGGGCUGCAUCCUAGAGGAGCUUUUCCAGUACAGAAUGCAUUCCCUUCUGUUCUAUUCCCUACCCAGACUUCAACAAAAACAUAUGUGUGUGUGUGUGUGUGUGUGUGUGUGUGUGUGUGUGUGUGUGUGUGUGUAUAUAUAUAUAUAUAUAUAUAUAUAUAUAGUGAGCAAUCAUCUACUACUGCUACUGAUCGUAUCUUCUCUGUCAUUAUACCUGUCAGCUUCAUCAGAUAUUCAUAUUCAGCAUUUUUUUAGUGAUAUAACUGAUUAUUAAUGAUUUUUAAAUGUUUAGCACCUUUAUGAGCCAAUAAUAAUCUAAAUUUAAGCCAUACAUAAAACACUAUUGCCCUUUUUGCAAAGCAGUGUCCAAAUAACAUGUUCAGUUUAGUUUUUAGUUUAUUUUUUGUGUCUGAAAUGUAUUUUUCCAUUUGGUUAUAUUGCCUGUUUGAAACGUUGUAAUGCGGCACUGGAUCUGAGAAAGAAAGCAUUUGUAUGAUCGUGAGCGUUAGUAUUAUUAGGGGUCCAAGCACUUAUUAUCAUUUAUUUCAUUACAUGUAUCAUCCAACACAAGCUCCCAGGUUAGCACACCUCUAACUCACAUUCUAAUCUUGUGGUCUGAAUGUAAAUAUACGACGUAUUGGAAAAUUCCACGCUGUGCAGUAAAAUGUUUAAAGUGAGCCCUUCCCUCAGGCCUUUGUCAGAGAGCAGGCCGUGACUCUGUUUGCUGUCCACUCCUUCUGAUGAUAAUUCUCUCUCUCUCUCUGAAUCUCCUCUAUUCACCAAGUCUUUUCAAUCCACAUGAAGGCACACAGGUACACGGUGUCCCAGUAGUAAAACUGAGCCUCUUGCUAAAUGUUUGCAGGUUUGGAAAAUGUCCACACAGCGGUUAAUCAUCUACUGUUACACCGCAUACGUAACUCACUCUGAUGAUGUCAUUUCAGUGUUUCUGUCUUAUCAGCUCAGUUCAUAUCACAUGAAUGCAUUAAAAAGGAAGAGAAGCUACAGCAGUCAUACAAACACAUAAA